AUGAAACGAGAUCAUUCUUUUGACAAUUAUCUUCAAAGCAGUGCAAAUAAUGUCAUUUUAACCAAUGUAGCUGUUGGCGGUAGAAUUGCCUGUGUUCUGGAAUGCCAAAUGCGAUUGCCUGAUUGUGUUGCAGUUCUUCAUCAGGACCAAGAAUUACGUUGCAUACUACUUAGAAGGUUUUUUAAUGACUGGAAUAGUUAUCUUUCAAAUAAAAGUGUAGCUUAUUUUCUCCGGAAGUAUGAAUGUAGUCCUGGUUGGAGAGAAUUCAACAACCAUUGCUACUUUUUAAAUCAGACCAUGAGGACCUGGAACGAAGCAAAGGUGGAAUGUCAAAGACACAAUGCUUACCUUGUGGAGGUCGAGUCUUCUGACGAGAAUACCUGGGUGACCUCAACUUACAUCAAACCACCUGACCAAUGUCCUGUUAGUUGGUAUUGCUCAGUUUGGUCUGGAGGGAUGUACAGCACAACAAAACAGAACCAUGUUUGGCAAAAUUCAGAAGCCAUUGCAAGUUAUACAAAUUGGGAUUCAGAUCAACCGUCAGGUGGAGGCCAAAACUGCAUCAAUAUAUGGAAAGGUGGAAAGUGGGACGAUGCAUUUUGUGGAGCGCAGUUUGAGUUUGUGUGUGAGAAACCCUAA